AUGUCUCUCUGGAGCUCUUACCGCGGCCUCGCCCCCAAAACCCGGGCCUUGUUCGGUAUCGGCCUCAUGGCCUGGGCAGGUAUCGGAUUAUGGACCACACCCCAGGUAGAAAGCGCAUUGGGCAUGCAGGCCUCGAAGGAGGAGCAGGAUGCGCUGGAUCGGAAGUUGGCAGUGCGCGUGUCGCGUGUCGGAGGAGAGGAAGGGGAGACAUCGGAUAGCCGGGCGAACUGA